CGGUGGAGAAUGGAGUAGGGAGGAGUGGAAUAUGAAAACUUAUUUAAGUGCCAGGCACGUUGCACGCUGCAGUAGUCAAGAGAACUCGGAGCAGAGGAGGACCAGGAACAGGAGCAGCAGAGGAGCAGUGGCUGGUCAGUCAAGCAUGUUGGGGGCCCCAGUGGCAACCAAGCAGAGAGACAAUCUGGCAGGCACUUUAGCAGCUGGCGACCCCAUUUGCCAUGCUUCGUCGCCCCAUCGUGGCCCCGUCACUCUUAUUGGACCCGGGCUCGACCCGGCCCGGACCGGACCGGCCCGGCUCCUCCUUCUUCGUCUCGUUUAUGGGCAAAGAGCCAGCUCCUGACUGCCAACUGCUGCUGCCGUAAC